AGAUGGUAACAAACGAAGGACCAUACAUUUUACAGAAGGCGGCUGGUAUGCAUGUUUAUGCAGUCCCAGACGAUGACCCUCCUACUAUCUACUGCCCAAGCAGCGUCCUCAUGAGAAAUGUGGAUCCUUCAAUGGCAGUAGCUAGUGUCACUUGGUUGCCCUUACCCUCGGCCAAUACUAUUGGUCCCAUUGGUGCUUCUACUAUCGAAUGUUCGGACCACCUUGGCAAUGUCGUGAGGUCAGGGGAUAGAUUUCCAGUUGGCUUGACCACAGUGACAUGCAGAGCCAAUCAUCCUGUGCCAAAUAAAGCAUCAUGUUGUUUUAACAUCACCAUUAUAGACAACCAAGCCCCAACCGUCACAUGUCCAAGCGAUUAUUUUACCAAUGUGGAUCCUGGAAUGGCUGGUGUCAAUAUUUGUUGGUCAGUUUCACCAAAUGCCACUGAUAUUGUUGAUGCUACAGUUAAUGCCGGCAGUGUUGUAUGUGAAGACCAUAUUGGCAACGUUGUAACGUCAGGUGAAUUUUUCCACCAUGGUGUAACAACAGUGACAUGUAGAGCUAACGAUACUGCUCUAAAUGAAGGGUCCUGUAUGUUUUCCAUCUAUGUUACAGGCAACGGAACAUACAACAUAGAUGAGUAUUUUGAGGAUAUCCACUCGAACACAACGUGGAAUUUUCAGCCACAACGCUGGAGAUGGAAUGUUGCUGUUUCUUUGAGCUUGGCAGUCGUUGGUAUCGCCGCAAAUGUUGCUCUUUUGCUGGUGAUUUUGCUGAUCCCUCGUUUGCGUACAACCUCCAACAUCUUGGUAGUAAACCUCGCAAUCGCAGAUAUCAUGAUGUUCGUAUUUUCUGUCCCUAUGUCAACAAUGAUGUGGAUGUUCGUGAGCUUCCCAGAGGGAACAGCAGGAAUAAUCAUAUGUAAGCUCAUGGGUGGAGCUUGGGUAUUGAGCCAGGUGUUAUGUGCAACAUCUUUGACUGCAGUAAGCAUAGAGCGUUUUUGUACCUUGAAGUGGCGCAUCCAAAUGAAACGCACCGUUGCCAUCUUGGUGACGGUCUGGAUGGUUGGUCUUUGCUUUACUGUACCUUUGUGGGUAUUUAUUACAACAGAUGUUUAUACUGGUUCAGAUGGUGGGUCUUUGUACUUUUGCCGUCUGCUUCCCCCAACCCGAUUGGCCAUCGCUGCCUUUUCGACUUCAUACACAAUAUUGACGUACGUCUUGCCAGUCUUGAUUAUCAUCAUUUGCUACGUAGGAAUGGCGCAAGUUUUAGUGUGCAGUAAAUCGAGUGGUGAAUCUGUGGAGGCCAUCCGAGCCCGUCGUCGUCUGGCUGUGGUAGUACUUGUCUUGGCUGUUGCGUUUAUUGUUUUCUGGUUUCCCUACCAUUUUAUAAAUAUGUUUUUUCUGUAUGCUUCUCUGAAUACUUUGGUAUCAUUGCCUAUUGAGUUCUACUUACGUCUAAUGGAGAUAGCCCACGUGCUAAUAUAUGUCAACUCGUGCCUUAAUCCAUUUGUUGUCUUCCUCAUCAGUGGCGUUCAUCGUAAACCUUUACUCGAUUUCCUGUGCUGUCGUAAACGUUGUGGUAAGCAGACUGCCACACGUAAAGUUGACGGUCGUUACGCACCUGUACCUGACGGCGUAUAUACUGAGACUGUGUUUAGUACAAACAUGGUUGGGGACAGGGAGUGAUUUGCAUAAUAUAUUCCACGGCCAAAAAGUUGUAUGUGCUGUUGGGUUUUUGCUGUCGUGUUUGUUGUCUGUCUGGGAGCUGCUAAAGGAAAUCACAGCAGGUUCAGUUUUUGCAUUACAUGUGUGAUGAUUAAUCUCUGAUUGAGACUGUGUAGAGACUGAAAUUAAAAUAUGUCUCUUCAUCUAGACAGUCUUGACCGUAAGGCAGUGGCGUAACUGGAGCGGGGUUCACCUCCUCCUUGGACUUUUUAUAUUAAAACGUACACUUUGAUUAAAAACAAGAUAUUUAACAUUUUAAAAUAGUAUUUUAUAUAAUUAUAAUGUCAAUGUUUUUAACACUAUUUUCUUUCAUUACAAGCCGAGUGUACUGUAAUUAUAGAGCAUUCUUUACUUGAACAAACCGUGUUACAAAUCAGUUCAUAGAUUUGUUAUUCUACAGUUUUUUGCCCUUACACGAUGAGUGUACAAUUUUCCCGAGUUCUGUGGGGAAAAUGCACAGUCAUAUAACUCGUAUAACAAUGUUGAUGCUCAAUAAUUUCCGUGUCAUUUCCUUGAUGUGUCUUGUUGUUUAUUACGCGCUCCAUAUUAUAUAGAUGUUGAGAGCAUUGUGUAAUUAUGGCACUAACUUUCACGCCUUUUACACAAGCCCAGUGAAUACACACAACAGGCAUGGGGGGGAGGGGGUUUCGUCCACCCAUUGCAAAAGGCUUUGGGUUUUUGUAUGUGUGGGAUUUAGACGAAUUUGUCAAUAUCUUUGUUUGGGUUGCCAGUCAGAAGCCUAUAGUCAGGGAUCCACACCCGAGUUUAAAAUUACUACACUAUUAUAUACAUGUACAUGUAUUGUGUACGGUUGCUUAUAAGCAACCGUAGAGGGAUAUCUAUAUUAAUGCACAUACAUGUAGAAGGGGACGCGACUUAUAAACAUUUCAAAUAAGCACAUAGUACAUUUUCGAUUGAUAUUGGGUGAACCGUGGAGUAUAGCUCCACGGUAAAUCACAAUGGCUUUAGUUGCCUCUGCGACCUCUGGAUUUACGUGCCAGCGUAAGGUUUACUACUUCCUAAAAACAAUAUGCUGAAAUUUCUUUGGAUUGGACUGGGUGUACUUUGGAACAUUAUCUGCAGCAGGAUUGAAACUAUAAAUGAUGAUUAUACAAAUAAAUUUUCUAAUUUUCUUUGGCGUUAACUGCAGAUAAUGUUCUAAAGUCCACUCCUGCCAGUCCAAUCCAAAGAAAUUUUCAGCAUAUUUUUUUUAUAAAGUAGGUUGUUAUCCACUUCAUUCGAUAGUUUUUAAAACACCAUUUUGUUUAUUCAAAUGCAAGAGUUGUUCGUACGUACGCAAUUUAUUGUAUAACUUAUGGUUUUCGAUUGUGUCUUAAUAUUAAUAACAAAACAAUGGUAUGGUUUACAUUUACUCUCAACAAACUCAUUUAAAGGGAAGUUAAACGUUUGGUAAUUAUUACUGAAAACAAAUCAGAUAUGAACUUAAAAACUGACUUGGUA